AUGCUUAGAAUCGUCAUUGGAACAUAUUCUCACCUCAUGUAUGGCGUAGAUGCAGACCUGAAGCUGAAAGAAUCGAAACCCUUGUGGCUGUUUGAGGCUCAUGAUAGUGCUCUCACAGCUUUGGCUACGAAUGGCCUCCAGUUAGCAUCUACCAGUUCAGAUGAAACUAUAAAGAUUUACGAUCAUAGCCGUAAUAUUCAAAUAGCUGACUUGGCUAUUCCUACAGACUUGCCAAACGCAAUUUCUCGUAAUCUGUGCUUUACCAGGAAACACUUGUUAGCUUGUCAUGAUAAUGGCCAAAUUACUAUGUGGUCUAGAGAUUCUUGGUUACUUGUUCAUACCUUGAAGUCUUCCUCCCAAAAAGGCAUUAGCGGAAUUGCUGUUCAUCCUUCUGAAAAGCUUGCUUUCAGCGUUGGAGGAGAUAGCAAACUUCGUCUUUGGGAUCUCAUUCGUGGUAAAGGUGGAAAGAUAUUACCUUUGUCGUUUAUUCCUGAAGGCAUUCUAUUCCUUAAUGAUUCCUCUUUCGUUGUCAUGUCACGACGUGGUUUAGAAGGUUUUAAACUUGAUUUAAGCUCCGUUUUUAGUUAUCAAUCUAGUACGCAGCUUAACUGUCUUUGUUUGUUUCAAUCAAACUUGAUUGUUGGUUGCGACAAUGGUUCCUUAAAGGUCUUUGACGUACAUACCGGAGACCUGAUUAAUGAAUUCGCUGCUCAUGAAAAAAGAGUGAAAGCUAUUUAUGCUACGUCGGAUAAUCUCGUUUCUGCUAGCUCCGACGGCUCUGUACACGUUUGGGAUAAAACCUUCAAUAAAGUAAUGGAAUUACAAGCCCCGGAAGGGAACAGAAUUACAUGCAUAGUUGCCAUGGAAUCAGCGGUAAAUGGGCCUGUAAUAGAUGCUGCCAAUAUCAAUGAAGAAUCUAAUGAAAGCGAAUCUGAUUCUGAAAGCAGCGAUUCUUUGGAUGAGUCAACAGAAAAGGCGACCUCUUCUAAGCGCACAAAACGUGCCCGCGUCGAAUAA